GCUCUCGGCUGAUCGCCGGUGCUCUCGCCCCGCCGCAGCCAUCCUCAUGGAACCCAGUGAUUUCCCCAGUCCUUUCGUUCCUUUGGUCCUGCCGGAGAAACCCCUGGCCGGAGACCUUCCAGUAGACAUGGAGUUUGGAGAGGAUCUCCUGGAAUCCCAGACGGCCCCAGGUCGGGGAUGGGCCCCCCCUGGCCCUUCGCCAUCCUCAGGAGCUCUUGACCUGCUUGAUACUCCUGCUGGCCUGGAAAAAGAUCCUGGAGUGCUGGAUGGAGCCACCGAGCUUCUGGGUCUGGGUGGGCUGUUGUACAAAGCCCCCUCUCCCCCAGAUGUGGAACACAGUUCUGAGGGAUCCCUUCCGUGGGGUGUGGGGGAGCAGACCCUAGAGCCUGGACCCGAGGGUCAUACUCCUGAGGUGUUGCCUCCUGAUCCAGGGGCUGGAGCAGAUCCCUCCUCACCUAAGGGGCUACUUGAGCCUUUGGUUCCCGAUUCUCCAAUAGCCCUGCAGUCUGCCCAUGGUGAAGACAAUGAGACCACCUCCAUGGCCACAGGGAGAAGGGGCUCCUCUGAGCAGGAAGAGGAACUUCCCCUCCAAGGGCAGCCACAGAUUCCAAGUGCCCCCCCAAGCCCAUCAGUGGGAGACACUCUGGGAGAUGGAGUCAGCAGUUCCCAGACCAAAUCUGGGGGCCCUAGCCCCCCUGUACAACUUUCCUUGCCAGGAGAUGGCCUGAUUGGAAAGGCAACUGAGAAGCCACCUGAAAGGGUGCAGAAGAGAAGCGAGCGCGUUCGGCGAGCAGAGCCUUCCAAACCUGAGGUGGUGGAUUCCACUGAAAGCAUUCCAGUGUCAGAUGAGGAUUCUGAUGCCAUGGUAGAUGACCCCAACGACGAAGAUUUUGUGCCAUUCAGGCCCCGCCGUUCUCCUCGCAUGUCCCUCCGCUCAAGCAUGGCACAGAGGGCAGGGCGCUCUUCAGCGGUGGCCACCAAGAUGACGUGUGCACAUUGUCGGACCCCGCUGCAAAAGGGGCAGACGGCCUACCAGCGUAAGGGGCUGCCUCAGCUCUUCUGCUCCUCGUCCUGUCUUACCACCUUCUCCAAGAAGCCCUCUGGCAAAAAGAUCUGCACCUUCUGCAAGAAGGAGAUCUGGAACACCAAGGACUCCGUCGUAGCACAGACUGGCUCCGGAGGCUCCUUCCAUGAGUUCUGCACCUCAGUUUGCCUCUCACUGUAUGAAGCCCAGCAGCAGCGCCCCACUGCCCAGGCUGGGGAUCCAGCUGAUGCCACCCGCUGCAGCAUAUGCCAGAAAACGGGAGAGGUCCUGCAUGAGGUCAGCAAUGGCAGCGUGGUGCACCGGCUCUGCAGCGACUCUUGCUUCUCCAAAUUCCGAGCCAACAAGGGACUGAAAACCAACUGCUGUGACCAGUGCGGGGCUUACAUCUAUACCAAGACCGGGAGCGCUGGCCCUGAGCUUCUUUUCCAUGAGGGCCAACAAAAGCGGUUCUGCAACACAACAUGCUUGGGGGCAUACAAGAAGAAAAACACACGUGUGUACCCAUGUGUCUGGUGCAAGACCCUGUGUAAGAACUUUGAGAUGCUAUCACAUGUGGAUCGUAAUGGCAAGACCAGCUUGUUCUGUUCCCUGUGCUGUAUCACCUCUUACAAAGUGAAGCAGGCAGGGCUCACUGGCCCUCCCCGACCCUGCAGCUUCUGCCGCCGCAGCCUCUCUGACCCCUGUUACUACAACAAGGUUGAUCGCACAGUCUACCAAUUCUGCAGCCCCAGUUGCUGGACCAAUUUCCAGCGCACAAGCCCCGAAGGGGGCAUUCACCUGAACUGUCACUACUGCCACAGCCUCUUCAGUGGCAAGCCUGAGGUCUUGGACUGGCAGGAUCAGGUGUUCCAGUUCUGCUGCCGAGAUUGCUGUGAGGACUUCAAGCGUCUCAGGGGUGUGGUUUCCCAGUGUGAGCACUGCCGGCAGGAGAAACUCCUGCAUGAGAAGCUCCGAUUCAGUGGGGUGGAGAAAAGCUUCUGCAGUGAAGGCUGUGUGCUGCUCUACAAACAGGACUUCACUAAGAAGCUGGGCCUGUGCUGUAUCACAUGUACUUACUGCUCUCAGACUUGCCAGCGUGGGGUCACAGAGCAGCUAGAUGGCAGUGCCUGGGACUUCUGUAGCGAGGACUGUAAGAGCAAAUACCUGCUGUGGUACUGCAAGGCCGCCAGGUGCCAUGCUUGUAAGCGCCAGGGGAAGCUGCUGGAGACCAUCCACUGGCGUGGCCAGAUCCGUCAUUUCUGCAACCAGCAGUGUCUGCUGCGUUUCUAUAGCCAGCAGAACCAGCCCAACCUGGAUACCCAGAGUGGGCCUGAGAGCCUCCUGAAUAGUCAGUGUGCUGAAUCAAAGCCCCAGACCCCCUUGCAAACCAAAGUGGAGAACAGCAACACAAUGAAGACUUUGGAGACACAAGGGAACCUGGCUAAGAUUCCUACAAAGACCCGCUUGGCUCCUGCUGUUCCCACUCCUCCACCACCUCCGCCCCCGGCCACCCCCCGAAAAAACAAAGCUGCUAUGUGUAAGCCAUUGAUGCAGAAUCGGGGAGUCUCCUGCAAGGUGGAAAUGAAGUCCAAAGGGAUUCAGACAGAAGAGUGGAAACCGCAAGUGAUUGUGCUGCCCAUUCCAGUGCCCAUCUUCGUGCCAGUGCCUAUGCAUCUGUAUUGUCAGAAAGUCCCGGUGCCUUUCUCAAUGCCUAUCCCGGUGCCUGUGCCCAUGUUCUUGCCCACUACCUUGGAGAGCACAGAUAAGAUCGUGGAGACCAUUGAGGAACUGAAGGUGAAGAUCCCUUCGAACCCCUUAGAGGCUGACAUCCUGGCUAUGGCAGAGAUGAUUGCGGAGGCUGAGGAAUUAGACAAGGCUUCAUCUGACCUUUGUGAUCUUGUGAGUAACCAGAGUGCAGAGGGACUUCUAGAAGACUGUGAUCUGUUUGGGCCAGCCAGAGAUGAUGUCUUGGCCAUGGCUGUCAAGAUGGCCAAUGUCUUGGAUGAACCUGGGCAAGACUUAGAGGCAGACUUCCCGAAGAAUCCUCUGGACAUUAACCCUAGUGUGGACUUCCUCUUUGAUUGUGGCCUAGUGGGGCCUGAGGAUGUAACUACUGAACAAGAACUUCCUCGAACCAUGAGAAAGGGUCAAAAGCGUCUGGUGCUUUCAGAGAGUUGUUCCCGGGACUCCAUAAGCAACCAACCUAGCUGUACUGGACUCAACUAUUCCUACGGAGUCAACGCUUGGAAGUGCUGGGUGCAGUCGAAAUACGCUAAUGGAGAAACCAGCAAGGGGGAUGAACUGCGCUUUGGCCCCAAGCCAAUGCGGAUCAAAGAGGAUAUUCUAGCCUGCUCAGCUGCUGAGCUAAACUACGGGCUUGCUCAGUUUGUGAGAGAAAUCACCCGGCCCAAUGGUGAACGAUAUGAACCUGACAGCAUCUAUUAUCUUUGUCUUGGCAUCCAACAGUACUUGCUGGAAAAUAACCGAAUGGUGAACAUCUUCACGGACCUGUAUUAUCUGACUUUCGUUCAAGAACUCAACAAAUCUCUGAGUACCUGGCAGCCCACACUCCUUCCUAACAAUACAGUGUUCUCCCGGGUGGAGGAAGAACACCUCUGGGAGUGUAAACAAUUGGGGGUCUACUCACCCUUUGUCUUGCUCAACACCCUCAUGUUCUUCAACACUAAGUUCUUUGGGCUGCAAACGGCCGAAGAACACAUGCAACUCUCUUUCACCAAUGUGGUCCGACAGUCCCGCAAGUGUACCACCCCUCGAGGCACCACCAAGGUGGUGAGCAUCCGGUACUAUGCACCUGUCCGCCAAAGGAAAGGGCGAGACACAGGUCCUGGGAAACGGAAGAGAGAAGAUGAAAGCCUUAUCUUAGAGCAGCGUGAGAAUCGCAUGAAUCCCCUCCGCUGCCCUGUCAAAUUCUAUGAGUUCUAUCUGUCCAAAUGUCCUGAAAGCCUCCGGACUCGGAACGAUGUAUUCUACCUGCAACCCGAGCGAUCGUGCAUCGCAGAGUCACCUCUCUGGUAUUCCGUGAUCCCCAUGGACCGAAGCAUGUUGGAAAGUAUGCUCAAUCGCAUUCUGGCUGUGCGCGAGAUUUAUGAGGAGUUAAGUCGUCCGGCAGAUGAAGACUUGGACUAAGCCCUCGAACCUGCCAGCACCACCUUUCAUACUGUACUCUGGCCAUGCUAACCAAGGCCACUGGCCCAGGAACCAAUUUUAAAGGGUCCUCACUGCCCUUUUCUACUCGUCCAUUCCCUGCCUUCCUUAGGACCCUCUGGCUUUUACCUCCUUCCAUACCACUUUACAACCACAGGGUACCAGUCCUCUGUGCUUCAGAGGGCUGGUUUCCCAGUGAUGGGCAAAACCCCAAGUAGGCCAUUUUCUUUAUGCUUCAGAGUAAAACCUUUUUCAUGGGGCAGUCUCUGAGUGGCGUGUUCAUAGCUUUCAUGAUCCUCUUGGGUCUGGGAUUCCUGAUCCAUCCUAUGUAGGUAAAAUCCCUUGUUCCUUCGUUUGGUCAAGGGAACAAUCCAGCUGCCUUUUCUGUCCUGUGCCCGAUUCCUUCCCUCCUCUUUAGUUCACAAUCAAUGGUCUUCACUGAAUGGGAUAAACAUACAAGGGGAUCAUUUGUUUAAAACACAGAGCUUAGCCCUCCCCUUCUGCAAGAUCAUUGGUUGUCAAAAUCCUCUCACCUGCUUCUUCCCCCCUUCCUACUCCUGCAAGCAGUCACCCUUUGGUGCUGCAGUUAAGAAAUGCGUUUGUUCUGCCUCAUGGUAGAUAAUGACUAAAUAUGAGGAGUAGAUUCCUGUCACUUGGUAUAUGUUUGUCUUUCCGUCAUCUUAGGUUGGCAUGAGCCCUGGUGUCAACAUACAUAGCUCCCUCUGUAACUGCUCCCUUAGUUCAGUGAACACACUUCACAAGGCAAAGCUACCUUCUGACUUGGGCUGGGGCUAGUUUGCCCUCUCUUGUUCUCCACUUCUCCCUCUCAUUGUAAGAGCCAGGUCAAGUCUGGGGGCCCUGGGUCACACCAGAUCUUAUCUGCAGUCAGUGGAUUAGUGAGGGGCUGUGAGUGUGGGUCCUGCAUUCAUGGCCCACAUCUUGUGUUUUCCCCGUCUUGCCCACGUACUUCCAGAAAGUGCAAAAGUAUGUGGCAGAGGGGGUUCCCAGUAUUUUUCCCUGUUGGCUUUGCUGUUCCCCUGCCCCCUUUUUGUGUUUUUAUAACUGUCCUCAGUUUAGCCACUGUUUGUUUAAAUUGUACAUAUUGUUCUGAGGUGCCUGGCCUGUCCCUUCCGUGAGCCAUGCCCACUCUUGUGUUGUAGUGAGAAGCUGUUGUCACGACUAACCUGUCUCUGAAAAUUGUUGUUUCCAAUAAAGAAUUCAAAUGGU